ACACGAGCCAUACGACCCUCGCCCUCGCCAGUCGCCGCCACAAGAGUCCACGACAGCGUACGUGCACGGUGCACCGGUAUCCGUCCUACCUACGCUAAAGCUAGCCACAAGCCCACAACUCAUGGACGACGCGUGGUCGUGGCUGGCCUCCCUGCCGCCUCCUCUUCGUGAUGAAGACGGGCCCGACACACCGUUGCCGGCGCCAUGGUCUCUCCCGCUCGCUGCCUCCACCGACGGCGCUUCCAUCGUGCUGCGGGCCGACACAAGUCCCGCUGCUUCUUCGUCUCCGGCCGACGGCGAUGACGGUGACGGCGAGCCCGCGCUGCUCGUCGCUUUCUCCGUCGCCAUCAACGGCGCAGGCGGCGACGCGCGCGCGCUGUGGGCGUCCGAAGGCUUCGCGGCGUCCUCGCCGGUCGCGCCGAGGGUGCAGCUUCUGGUACAGCUCCUCAACGAGGUACUCGCGCUCUCUCCGUACGUCCCUUGCUUGGGCGCGGGCGUUGACGGUCUCGGCGGGGACGCGUCCGAGGCCAAGGUGGACGCGGAGACGGUCUCCGCCGUCGUCGGCGCCGCUGAAGCCGGUCCAUCUGCGCCCGGCGCGGCCUUCUUCUCGCUCGCUCUUCUUCUGCGGCUCUUCUGGCUGUGUGCAACCGACGCCCCGGCAGACGCUGGGUACCUCUACUUCCGAGACCUUGGAUCGGAGAUCGAGCGCGGCCUCGGCGAGUGCCGGCCGGCGCUCGCCGUGUUCCUGCGCUCCGUCGGCCCGGACGUCGAGGACCGGUUCAUGCGCUCGCUCGGGUACAUGCUCGCCAAGUGGUGCUUGCUGCGGGAGAUACAGGCUGUUGCCGGGUCGGCGGCCAAACUGGAAGCACCGCGUCGCCGUCGCGCGCUCCCCGCCGCGUGCCUGUCGUACGCCACCGAGGUGCACGGCCUCUUGAUCCUGAAAGGCUACGCGCCUGUGCUCGCCAUGCCGCGCGUCACGGGUCCCGCGUCCACGUCCAUCGCCGCGUCGCCGCACGAGCUGCCCGAGGAGCCGGCGCUGCGGUACGGCCUGGCGCACCAGCAGCUGGAGGCCGUGGCGCAGCUGGAGUACGCGGCGCGCGUGCGUGACAGGAGGUUCGUAACCGUCUCCGUGCGCGUCGACAACGUCCGGGUACGCGUCGCGCCGCUCGCGUUCCGUAGUAAUGACGGCGGAGGUAACGACGGGGAAGAAGCAGAAGACGACGACGACGCCGGCGUCGACGACAUCAUGGACGGCGAGAGCCAUUUCCCAUCCCGUAUCCGCCUCUGGGUCGGCCCGCGGUUCGGCGCGUCCUAUGCCACCGGCCCAAGCCUCGGCCGCUCCACGGGGAACCCAGAACGCGACGUCGAGAUGACGCGCACCGUUAAGGGCGCCUUCUCCGGCGCCACUAAACCAGCCAACGGCGGCGUCGUGCCCAGGAUCAAGGCGAAGAUGCGCUCGUCGGCGCGGACGCGUAGCAGGAGCUGGCGCUGGGAGCAGGAGGCCGAGGGCAGCGCCGGCGUGUUCGAGGGGGUUCUGUACGACCCGGUCACCGGGACGGAGGUGUCCGCGUGGCGCCCAGCUGGUACUGGCGGCGGCGGCGGCACUGGAGCGACAGACCCGAGGAACGGCAUGAGAAGGCGGUAUGGCGGGCCUGGGCGAGCGUUCAGUAAGAUGCGAGGGCUGGUGGUGGCCGGCGACGAGCUGCCGGAGGAGAUGACGUGGAGGGUGGGGAGGGAAGCGGAAGGGAGGACGCUGCGUUGGCGCUUAGGGCUCAAGGCUUGGGUGACCUACCUGCCCAACGAAGCAAGGAGCCGCCACUUCGAGACCCGCUGCAUCGAGUGGGCGCACGAGGUGGAUCUGCCGCUUCUGGCCGUCGACGGCGACCAGAGCUAAUAAGGAUUGAUCCAAUCUUCACCUCGAUCUCCUCUUUAUCAGCGAUGUAUGAUAUUAGAGGCUGAUAGUUGUAGAUUUACGUUGCACCUACUUCGGUUGUAGGGAUCGAUAGGACGAUAGCACGUGAAACAUUUCUAAUAAUUGUAACACGAGAACAUCUGCUGCAGUAAAAGAUAAAAUUUUCGGCGACUAAAGUCGUUGUAAAUAAACCAUAAACUGUGGGACAUAACUUAUGUCCGAUGAUCAAAGACUUAUAUCCGAUGAUAUUUGUCCCUCGAUCGUAACGUGUCGAAAAUAACAUUAUUUUCGACGACAACCGUCGAAAAUAACUUAUGUCUGACGACCACAAAGGGCCAUCAACAAUCGACAUUUACCACAGUUAAUGGUUGUAACGGUCGCCGGUGGGUCUCACAGGCAUUAUGUUCAACGCCAGACGUUAAGCCAUAGGAUAUAAUACUAUUUUAUGUCCGACGGCCCUUCGUACAUCCAUCGACGAUCCUUCUUGAUCGAGAAACGCAACAAUCUUGACAACUCACUCACUUGAUAGAGCAUAUCUUUUCUUCCAACCUUCAUAUAUGCAUCCACGAUCCUCCUCCCUAUUAGAUACGAGACGUUAACUUGAUUAGUUAAGUAAAUCACGUCCCUACAUCUAUAAGAAAAGAGAGGUCCUAAACCCACCCAGGAGUGACUGAGGAGCCCAUGUUUAGGACAAGGCAUGUGCUCGUGCGGAAUUUUGGCAGCAUAAUCCUGUUGUUCUCCACUCGCACGCCUGAAAAUGGUGCAAUUGGAAAACAGAGGGGUUAUACUCCCAAAACUACGCAGGAGAAUAUGCCUUUGUCAUAAACAUGGGAUAUGUCGGUCACCCCGAGACUGUCCAAUAAAAGGACAAUUUCAACCCAACACACCUCACAUGUGUCGCAUGUGAGGUGUCUUGGCCCGAAACAGGUGACAUCUAGGUUUCGUUUGUUGACGCUACGAUGGACUACGGAUAACUAGAACCAUCGUAAAUUAUUAUGUAGUUCAACUAAUAAACCACACCAAUACAAUAUUAUAUAGAAAAAAAACAUUGUCACGAACCCUAAAUCAUAUAAAAUUACCUUAUUUCCGAGGACAUAAUAACUAUCCUCGGGCGGGCGUUGGAGCCGGCGAGGCGGUGGGGGCGGGGCGAGCGCCUGCGGGGGCGGCGGGUGCUGUGAAGCGGCUGGUGAACGUGCGAAAUAAAACGACACGGUCGAGCACGCAGGUUUAAAAUCCCUUAUGUUUGAAGGCUAUAGAAAGACGUCGAAUAUAACGUUACGUC